AAUAGCUAGCCAGUUCCUGUCUGUGGAACGCAGGGGGCGGGGCACGGCUGGAACACACAGGCCGGAAGUUUGGGGUCACACAGCAGCUCCAGAGUCGGGCGUGUAACAUCUGGCGGGUGAGAGGAACGAGAAGCAUCCGCCGCUGGCAGAGGGUAUCAAGGACAUCUCGGGUCAGCCACCAGAACCUGAUCACUUUCUCAGAGUCUUCAAGAUGGAAAAGGACAGGAGACGCAUAACUGAGAACAUCUUGGAUCUCACCCUGGAGAUCAUCUGUCUGCUGACUGGGGAGACCUUCACAAUGGUGAAUGAAACAUCUGGUGAGUGUCUGUCACCCAGCAGCCGCCCCCGUGUGUAUGAAGGAGAGAUCAGGACUCAGAGCCAUAUCACGGUGCCUCCACCUCGCUCACUGAUACAUGAGAGACACAAUGAGCAGAAGAUCCUGGAACUCACCAACAAGAUCAUUCAGCUGCUGACUGGAGAGGUUCCUAUAAGGUGUGAGGAUGUCACUGUCUAUUUCUCCAUGGAGGAGUGGGAGUAUAUAGAGGAACACAGGGGUCUGUACAAGGACAUGAUGAUGGAGAAUCACCGGCCCCUCACAUCACUGGAUGGAGCCAGUAACAGGAAUACCCCAGAGAGAUGUCCCCGUCCUCUUUAUUCCCAGGAUCAUACAGAGGAGAAUCACAGUGUCCCACAGGAGGAUCAGGGUGAAGACCGGAUUAAUAUUAAAUCAGAAGCUAUACAGGGAGAAGAGAUGUAUGUGAUGAUAGAUCAGCAGUGUAAGGAGGAGGAAAUCCCUACAGAUAUCAGCACAGAUGGGGCCAGUAACAGGAAUACCCCAGAGAGAUGUCCCCGUCCUCUUUAUUCCCAAGAUCAUACAGAGGAAAAUCACAGUGUCCCACAGGAGGGUCAGGAUGAAGACUUGAUUAUUAUUAAAAUAGAAGAUAUAAAGGUAAAAGAGACGUAUGUGAGGGGUGAUCAGCAGUGUAUAGAGGAGGAAAUCCCUACAGAUAUCAGAACAGCAGAUGGAUGCAGUAGCAGGAUUACCUCGGAGGAACAUCUUUUGUUGUCUUCAGAUUUUCAAAUAGAAGAUAACAUCGAACAAAGUUCUCCAGGAGAAGACCCUAUUACACUAAAUAUACAUCCAGUGUUCGACAGUGGAGAUACGUCAUCUGAUCACUCUAAUCAUAAAGAUUGUUCUGCUGAUAUGUUAGAUGAUGUUACACAUAGAACAAGCCCUACAGGUGCUAAACUGUUCCCCUGUUCUGAAUGUGGUGAAUGUUUCUUAAACUAUUCGCUCUUUGUUAGUCAUCAGAGAAUUCACACAGGUGAGAAACCAUUUCUAUGUUCUGAGUGUGGGAAAUGUUUCACAUGGAAAUCACAGCUUGCUGCACAUAUAAGAUCUCACACAGGCGAGAAACCGUUCUCUUGUUCUGACUGUGGGAAAUGUUUUACACGGAAAUCAAAGCUUGCUGUACAUAUAAGAUCUCACACAGGCGAGAAACCGUUCUCUUGUUCUGAAUGUGAGAAAUGUUUUGAUGCAAAAUCAAAGCUGAUUGCACAUCAUAGAAUUCACACAGGUGAGAAACCAUUUUCGUGUUCUGAAUGUGGGAAAUGUUUUGCACAGAAAUCGGAUCUUAUUACACAUCAGAGACGUCACACAGGUGCAAAACCAUUUUUAUGUACUGAUUGUGGAAAAUAUUUUUCACAGAAAUCAUACCUUGCCAGACAUCAGAGAACUCAUACAGGUGAGAGGCCAUUUUCAUGUUCUGAGUGUGGGAAAUGUUUUACAAUGCAAGCUAAUCUUUUUAAACAUCAGAGAAAUCACUCAGGGGAGAAGCCAUUUUCAUGUGCUGAGUGUGGGAAAUGUUUUACAGAGACAUCAGCUCUUCUCAGACAUCAGAGAAGUCACACAGGUGAAAAGCCAUUUCCCUGCUCUGAGUGUGGGAAAUGUUUUGCACGGAAAACAGGUCUUGUCAGACAUCAGGUUACUCAUACAGAUGAUAAGCUGUUUCCAUGUUAUGACUGUGGGAAAUGUUUUACAAUGCAAUCAAGUCUUGUUGAACAUCAGAGAAAUCACACAGGUGAGAGGCCAAUUUCAUGUGCUGAGUGUGGGAAAUGUUUUACGGAGAUAUCGGCUCUUGUCAAACAUCAGAUAACUCACACAGGUGAGAAGCCAUUUCCUUGUUUUGAGUGUGGGAAAUGUUUUACAGAGACAUCAGCUCUUGUCAGACAUCAGAUAACUCACACAGGUGAGAAGCCAUUUCCAUGCUCUGACUGUGGGAAAUGUUUUUCACAUAAAUCAGCACUUGUCAGACAUCAGGGAAGUCACACGGGUGAGAAGCCAUUUCCAUGCUCUGACUGUGGGAAAUGUUUUCCAAAUAAAUCAGAACUUGUCAGACAUCAGAGAAGUCACACAGGUGAGAAGCCAUUUCCAUGCUCUGACUGUGGGAAACAUUUUACAUAUAAAUCAGAUCUUGUCAGACAUCAGAGAACUCACACGGGUGAGAAGCCAUUUCCAUGUUUUGAGUGUGGGAGAUGUUUCACACAAAAAUCAACCCUCGUUGCACAUCAGCAAACUCACACAGGAAAUAAUAAACCCCAUUACUAUGGGUUGAUAGACGAAUUAGGGUUGCAGCAAUAAACUAAAUAAAAUAUGUAGGUAUUAUUAAUGUACAUGAUAAAGAAAUUGGUGUAAAUAUAUAUUUAUAUAUUUAGAGAUUGUAUUGACAUCACUGAUUUUUGGAGGGCUUUUUAAAGUUUCACCCACAUUUACAUGUUAUAAUUUAAUUAGCAUCUACAGUCAUAGGUGGAAUGUGUGUCAUCAACUUAAGAUCGGAACAUACAGGAGUUUUUUUUCUGUUAGACAUUGGCUUUAAUUCUACCCAGUAAUAAGGUCACAUUGUUAUAUAGCAUCAUAAAUAAUAUAUAAUAAAGGUAAUGGGCUAGAGAUACACCCAUGAGCCAAAACAUUAUUAUACUCCCAUAUCAAGCAAAUGAUGUUGACUUUCUCAUUGCAUGUCUGGGUCACAGAUAAUUUAGAUGGUAAGCUGACAUUAGGUGCUCGUAGUGAACAUGUAUGCAAAAGAUAUGGGGCCUAAUUCAGAUCUGAUCACAGCAGCAAAUAUGUUAGCUAAUGGGUUAAACCAUGUGCACUGCAGGGGGGGGGACACAGAUAUAAUAUGUGCAGAGAGAGUUAAACUGUGUGCCGUGACUCCCUGGGGUACCUCAGGACACUUGCAGGGGUGCCUUGGGUUGGUGGUCCAGGUCCAAUUAACAUUAUUUCUGGUCAAUGUAAUAGGCAAAACCAGUGCUGGUGGCUGCCAAUCAUAAAAUAUGUGGACAAACAAGCAAAUCCUGUCCCUCACCACACAGUUUAACUUAUGGAUGACACAUACACACAAUUUACUUUAUUUAAUAUUUCUUUCUCUGACGUCCUAGUGGAUGCUGGGUACUCCGUAAGGACCAUGGGGUAUAGACGGGCUC